AUGUACUUCAACGCCCACACCAUCUUCUUCGCCACACUCUCUCUCGCUACCACCCUCAUCUCUGCCCAUGGCAAAGUCGCCGCCGUCGCAGGUGAUGCAGGCGGAAACGGCACCGCCAUCGGAAUCCAGGGCGGGAUUGUCCCCGGUCCGGGAAAGAACAAAGUCACUGAGGUUGACACCACCGUCUUUGGCAAGACCCAGAUCGCAAGCAACGGCUUGGGCAAGACCCAGGGCCAAGGCCAAAACAAGGCGGCCAUGGUCGCAGCGACCAUGGACCAGAGUGGUGCCACUCUUCCUCAGGUUAGCGACGGCGGAAACAUUACCGGCACUUUCCACGUUGUUACUACGGAUGGUGCGGGCCCAGUCAAGGCUAUGAUUGAUCCUACUGCGACGGGACAGUUUGCGGAUGGUGUGCAGGCGAAUGUCGUCACUGAUGUCCCCGGUAAUAGAGGCAACAUCAAACCCAACGGCAACGUUCCCCGCGGCCUCAGCUACUGGGCUCUCCGCGCUCGCGGCCUCGUCAAGCGCGCGUCAAACGUUAACAUGGACUUCCCGAUCAACAUCGCCGUACCUGCGGGGACCACUUGCUCUGGCACUGUGGCCGGCCAGCAGAACGUGUGCUUCAUGAAGAUUGCGAACUCCAACAACGCUGGCCCUUUCGGUGGUGUCAUCGCCUUCCAGAUGGCGGGCAGCGGCGCAGCUACGGGUAACACCACUGCUGCCGGGAGGACUGCUGGUGCUACUGCUGGUACUGCUGGUACUGCGUCCACGGCGUCCACCAAGGGCACCAAGGUUGCGAAGGGCGCUACUGCUAAGCGCUUCGUCGCAUAA